GUUGCGGCGGCGGCGGCGGGGCCGGAGCGCGCAGGUUACAUUACAUGAGGAAGAAGAUUAUGGUAACUGAGCCAUAUAAAGAACUCCUGCAAAACACAGAAAACAGCAGAGGUUGUGCAGAGGCUUGUCAUCUUCUGUAUUGAACAGCUAUGAAACAGCAACUGAUUGAAAAAGCUAAUCCAAAAGUAAAUGAGGAACUUAGAAAAAGAUUGCCAACUUCAAAUCAACACAGUUACACAGAAUUGAAGAAGAAGCGUCAGCUUCAUUUGAGGGAUUCUUGUAAGAAACUCAGUGUUCCACGAUAUGAGCUCUGAAAUCUUCAAGCAAAAACUGGACUCAGUGCCAGAUCAAACAAGUUCAGAAGCACAAAUGGAGAACUGGUCAAAAGAAACACACAUCUUGGAACAAAAAAAAGAAGACUUUUGCGUUGGACUUCAGUUUUAUCAGAAUUCACAAAAAAACCGCGAAUUUUUCAUCCAGACAGAAACUGAAGCACCAAAAUCUUCAGAUUUGCCAGUAAAGAGUCAAAGAGGAGGAGUCCUAAAUAAUUAUAGUUCUGGUCCUGAAGAAUCAAGUACUGUAGAAAGAAAGGCUACCAGAAUGCUCCCUGAAUUUAUACCCCUAUGGAAGGAUGCUGCAGAUUUAGAUGGAAAAACAGAAACUGCAUUCCUUUUAAAAGAAUUGGAUACGCUGAGGGCCAAAAAUAAAAAGCUUCAAGAUAAUCUGGCUGAAAAGGACAAGGAGCUGAAGACAAUGAAACUGGACUUAGAACUGCAAGAGAGAGCUACAGAAGCUAAGAUUGCAGAAAAGAUUGCAGCUCUGGUGGAAGAAGUUUAUUCUGCUCAGCGGGAGCGUGAUGAGGCUGUCAUGGCAAGGCUUAGGUUAGCCAAUGAGAGAGAUGAAGCAUUUCUACGAGUCCAGCGUUUAGAACAGUCUCUCAAAGAGCUAGAAAAUAUUAACCCUGAAGAAAAUGACAUGACAUUACAGGAAUUACUGAACAGAAUAAACAAUGCAGACACGGGGAUAGAUAUACUGAAGAAUGGAGCUAUAAUUCUGAACCGAAUACACAGGACCAAAGAACGUAAAAAGAAAAUAAUAGCUGAGGAAAUGAAUGCAGUAAUAGAACAACGGGAUGCUGCUUUGUCUCAAUGCAAACGGCUGGAGCAGGAGCUUCAUCAUCUGAAAGAGCAGAACCAGACUUCAGCAAACAACACGAGACAUCUGACUGCUGAAAACAAUCAAGAACGUGCUCUGAAGGCAGAAUUGAUAACCUUGCAACUAGAAAAAGAAGCUGCUCUUCAACAGUGCAAAAAACUAGAAGAAGAAAUCCAGACAUUGCGUGUUUAUUACAGUUUAUACAAGUCUUUGUCUGAAGGAAUGAGCCUGAAGAAUCAGCCUACCUGUGCUUUCAGUACUUCUGAAGCUGGACUGCACAGCAGGGAGGAUGUUGUGACCCUAACUUAUCGCCAGAUUGAAGAUCUGGCAGCUCAGCUGCAGCAAACUCGGUCAGAGCAAAAGGACACAGAGAUGAAGCUCCAGAAAGCCCUGGAAGCUUCGCGGGAGGCCAAUGAAAAAGUUCAAAAGUUGGAAAGGCUGGUGGACGUCCUGAGGAAGAAGGUUGGAGCAGGGACCAUUAGGACCGUGAUCUGAUUGAAAGCUGUAGUCUAAGGAAGCAUUCACAUCUGGUGACCAGGCUGCUUCAUUCAGCACUGUGUAAACACUAAAGCCUUAACUUAGCAAACAGUUGUUAGAAGUGGGACACUCCAGCGACAUUCCAAGCUGAGAUAAAAUCAAAUCAUAAAUGUUUAACUACUUUGCUGCUGAGUUUUGUGAUUUGUUGAAAUGUUUCAUUGCAAACAUGUAUUUGUUUUUAAGCAAGUGCAUUGUGGCACUGUGUACUGUGAAAAAUGAUGUAGAUGCUUAUUCGAACGAUCUGUCCUCUCAGUAUAGUCUGCUUCAAGGCACAGCUUGAUCAAUUUUUUAAAUGCUUCAGGUUCAAAAUCCUGCAAAGCAGUUUCAAAAUUUAAAUUCCUUCUUAUUUAUGAGACUGCAAACAAUCCAGUAUUUGUAUGUUAAAUAUAUUAAUUGAUAAAGUAGUUUGGCAUUCAAGGAAUAUCUCUGGCUACUAUACUGGAUAUUUUUUCCUCCUUACUCAUAGCCCAUUGAAUUGCAGCUAGUGACUGUGGCUACAUCAAAGGGCAGGAUAAAUGUAUAGCUUUACACAACAGUUGAAUAGCUUAUGGUAGUACAUGGUAUUUUCAGUGUACAUUAAGAAAGAAAUUUACAGUUAGGUUUCACUAUAGAUGCAUCUUAAUAAAUUGCAACAUGAAAGCCUUGUGACAUACAGUAUCUCAGAGAGUGGAGGAAGUUUCCUAUAUUGUUUUCAGUCACUCCUUUGUCCUUUCCUAUGAGGAAAAGCUCUCAGAUAUUCAGAAAGCACCUUAUGGAUUCAAAAUUCUCCUUUUCAGUGUUCAUCUUUUCUCACCCCUUUCCUACAAGACUUUUUGCCUGCUUCUUAUAGACCUCUGAUUGCUCUACAGUGCAGGACUACCAUCUAGGUUGGGUUUCAGGCCAAACUGCCAACCCUCUGCUUUUCUUUACUCACGAAGUGCCCUAGGAUUUAACUCAAAGGCUGAAAGAUAGAAUCUUACAGGGAGGGGGAAAUUUGAGGGCUGAAGAGGAAAAUUUGGGGCAGACACACAUUUUAGACCUUAGAGAUACAGGAGAGUUGGACCUAGAGUUAUAUUUGUGACCCAACCAUCUCCCUGUAUGAACGGUCAGGCCAGCACUCAUAUAAACCUGCUCAAGAAGGCAACUAUAAUCUCUAAGCACCCCAAAUUCAGUAAUGAAUUUCAGGAGCCAGAUGGGCUUUAAGAUACUCUCAGAACCAGCCAGCUCAGGCGAGGUGGAUGUAGCUCCUAAGGUUUCCACUUGCCUGCUUUGCUUUGUGUUUAAUGUUGUUACAUGGCCUUCUCUCUUAAUGCUUGCUUGUUUUAAUAGUGCAGUUCAGCUGGAGAAAAUGAAAUUUUAAUUUUGAGUAGAGAGAGAGACAUUUUUAAUUUUGAGGAGAGAGAGAGACAUUUUAAUGUCUGUUUUUUUCUUUCAAGCAGUUACAUGUUAAACCUUCCUCAUCUGCAGACCUAAGCUCCCCCAGUUUCAGCUGACCAAACUUAACCCCUUGCAGGGAGAUAAGUAGCAUCCCUCCAAGCCAAAUUUACCCAAGUCACUUCUAGAAGCUUCUGAAAUUCUCCUUUCUGACCUUUGGUCAACCCUAAGAUAGCUAUUGAGUCUGGAGCCUCUCCCCCACACCUAUUCAAUGGGAAGAAAGCUUAACGCUUCCAGACCAGAGGACUGCCACACCCCACACCCCCCACCCCCAGUUCCAAUUCCUUCACCAUCACCCUUGUGCUGCUGCUCAGCACUUUGGGUGAUUCAACUGCUCUUUGUCCUACUGUGUUCAUUGAGCUUUGAUGCACUAAGUGAAUGACAAGAUCUCCUGACCUGUCAGUGCUGUUGAAUCAUUUCUGCUCUAAGGAAGUAGUGAAGAAGGAAUAAAGACAAAAAUGUAAGGACUACCAUACUGUUCUAGACCAAAGCUCAAAGACUACCUUUGGCCAUAACAAAUAGAAGAUGCCUAGGAAAGGGUAUAAAGUCAGGGCAGCACUGGUGGCCAUUCUCCCAGCUGCUCUCCCAGCAAUUUGUUAUUUAGGGGCUUUCUAAGGCAGAGAUGGUGUCUUUGUAUUUAGCAGCAUUUUUUCAUGACCUGUUUUUGAUUCCAUUUAAAUUUUUAGUAUCUACUUUUUCCUGUCACAAGGUCUUAUGCAGUUAAUGAUGCAUUGAGUGAAGAAAUAUUUCCUUUUCUUAGUUAAGAAUCAGCUGUAUUCAUUUGCUGUCACCUAGUUUUUGUGUGAGAGAAAUGGUGAGUAACCAUUCCCUGUUCAUAUUAUUUCCAUAUCCCUUGUGAUUUUACGUAUUUGGCAUCAUUUCCCCCUGGCUUUUCUUUUCCAGAGAGAAACCUUAGUCUCUUAUAAAGGAGCCAUCUCAUGUUUUUGUUUGACCUUGUCAUGUUAUUCUAUUUUUUCCAACUCUGCAGUGUUUUCACUGAGAUACAACCAGAUUUAUGCCUGGUAUUCAAGAUAUGGACAAAAAGUGACUUUGGUUGUUGCCAUGAUUAUGUUGUCUGUUUUAUUCUCUGUGCUAUUUGUAAUUGUUUUUAGCAUUGGAUUUACUUUAUGACAGAUUAUUUAUUGGUAUUAAUAUUUCUAUAGUAAUAACAACUUUAGAUCUCAUUCCUCAGUUGUAACGUUCAGCUGUGAGUUCAUCAUAAGGUGUAUGAAGACAGAACUGUUUUCUGAAUGCAUAAUUUCGCAUUUAUGGAUGCUGAAUGUCAUCUAUUGUUUUAACAUGCAUUCCCUGGUGACCAUGAGCUCCUCUUCCAUCUCUUCUCACAACUUCUCUUUAAUACUCACAGUAGCAUAGUAUCAUCAGCAUCUCCAUAUGGUGAUAUGAAAUACUGCCAUCUCCAAAUUACCGCCUCUUCAAGAUGGUUUCUUAGUGAAGUUGAACAUGGGUUCUGGGACAAAGAUCCCUGUAACUUGAGGUAACUUCUCUUUCACUGUAAAAAUGAUACAUUUUUUCUUACCCAUUGUUUUAAUCUAGCUUUGAACUACUUAUUUUUCAAUUUGAAGAUCUUCCCUCUUACUCUUCGGCAGCUUUGAUGAGGAAGAUGUUUGCUGCUUUGAAAAUGCAAGUUUACUAAAUCAGGGCUUGUUCUCCAUGCAUGAAUGUGCUAAGUUCCUUGUCACCUUCCCCAGGUAUUUCUGCCUCCAGGUGAAAAAUCUCAUGAGAGCGGACUUCAUACAACCAGACUGUUUGACCUCCAGCCUGUUGUUUGGAAAAGUAGGAUUAGCCAGGCAAAAGCCAUCCAGCAGGCAUGAUGCCAGAUAGAUCUGGUUGCGGGUAAUACUUAAGUGAUAGUUGCUUCAUAAUUUUCCUUUUGACACAUUGUACCUAAAGUGAAAAAAUAGUUCCCUACUCUGACUUGUGUCUUCACCAAGCCACCUGAAAUUAAGUGAGCAUUUUAGUUAGGGUGUUUUGUCAUAAAUGACAAAUGUAGAUAAAUGUAUUUGAAUCAUAAUUAAAUCAGGUGUUGAUCUUUAAAAUUCAGCUGGAAAUGUUUGUCUUCUUUGAAAAGGACCUUGGGAAAUUUACUGUGCUGAGAGGUGACGGUUCAGAAAUAGUUGGGUUCUCACUCUUCCUUGCUAACAACCUGGUGUGUGGUCUUUGGCAAAUUCCUUAGCGACUGUCAUUAACAGUAUGAAGCCCCUGAAGAGGUUCCUGCGCUCCUCCAGGGAGUUUGCAAAAGCAUCUGUGUGGCUAAUGUCAAAACACUUCAGCUUCUUCACCCACUGAACUGAACAGCAAAAGUCACACAGGUCUGGUAAUGGAGGCCCAGCCUUUAGUGCCCUCGGCUGAACUUCUGGCCCUGUUGAGCCCAGUCUGACUUUUGCCCUUCAGUGUAACGAGGGUCGAAAUUCUGCUCUGGUGAGUAGAAAUAGGCGAUAAUGAUAACAUGGGUUAAUUGGCUUUUAUUGUAUGUUUAUUCAUUGAGAACAGAUUGAUGUCUCUGCAGAGCUCUGAAAGUGAAAAGAAGCCUGCCCUUAUACAGCAGACAAAUGCAAUUGUCACUUCUGUCCUCAUAUAUGAGAGAAGGAUGAGAUGGUAUCCAAUUAUGUACGAGGAGUACCAAUUCAUUUGCCUCCCAAAGGAACAACAGUUCAUGAUAAAAGGUGGCUCACCAAGGUGAUGCUUACGGUGACGGUUGUAAUUACUGGCCAAAUUAGGGUCCCUGCUAUCUUGAAGAGCACUGAGAUACUCAGAAACAUCCUUCCCCUGUGAGAUUUUGUGUCUUUCUCUUGAUGAUCCUGCAGCACGUUAUGUAUUGGGAGCCAUUUCUGGUAUAUGCCAGGGUAAAAUAUGUAAAUAGCAUCAUGUUGACUUGGGAUAAGAGCAUUAUUAAUGCUUUUCUGCACUGUAAUUAUAUUCCUAGUAAGCCUUCUCUAAGCCCUCACUAAUUAACAAUAUUGUGACAAAUCAACUUUAACAGAAAAGAAUGGUGGACCUUUAGUCUUUUAGUACUAUUUUUCAUUCAGCCCACAGCCCAAAACUGGUGGCAUGGUCUUCUGUAUUACUGUUGGGAAAACUGCUGAUGUUUGAAAGUUCAGAGGCAGCUCAGUCUUGUUAGUGGAGUCCUGUAACUGAAGUCAGUUUGAUUCCUCUUUAAAUAUAUUCACAACAAAGUAAAAUUCAUUAGUUAAUCAUUAAUGUAAGGGAAUAUUAAAACUGUUUUUAUAAAUAAGUCAUCCUAUCAAAAUAGUUUAGUGAUGUCAAUAUGUUGUCAUAGCACAUUUAUUUGUUUAUUUAUUCCAAAUCACUGGGCAUUUUACAAGACUGACUCUGUGUAUAUUCUUACCAUCUUUAAUCCAUAUAUACAAAUGAACUUCCUAUCUAUUUAGAUAGGAUUUCUCUGUGCCUUUUUUUUCUUUCAUUUAGAAUAAUUGCAUAUUAAGGCUGUUAGGUUUGUUUUGUUUUUUUCUUUUUAAUUUAUACCACAGAAUAUUUUUCUCCCACGCAAGAAUAAACUGUGAGGCACAUGAAAGCACCGACGGGCAGUUUCUCUGACACUGCGCUUGCUGUGAUCGCAGCAUUACAUGUACUGACUCUUGUCACUCUACCAUUUUACAUCAGGUCUGCAGAAAUGGACUUUCUCUGUUUGUUCUUCUCAUGCAUCGGUAAAUAAAAUGUAUUCACAAGUUCAAAAAAUCGAAGUAGUGUUCACAUAUUAGGUUGAUUAUAAGUCAGCUGUUGAGCUUCAGCGUUCUAAACAUUUCAUUCUUCAGUUUUGUUGGGAGCCCACGUGUUCUGUGAGGCUUUUAAACAAAUACUUGAAAUGGUUGAAAGAUUUACAUUGCCAGUGCCUAGCUAAAUAUAUAGUCUUUAGAAAAGACAGGGUUUAUUUUGGCACCAUUUGACAAACUCAAAUAUUUUAAACAUUUGUUAAGUUCGAGCUUGCACAUUUGAACUAAAAGUUUGCAUUCCAAAAUUGCAUCUCAGGUUACCUGUCUCUCUCUCUUUUGUAUUUUAUAAUCCCUUUAUUAAAAUAGUCUGCAACAGGA